AUGUCGUCAGCUUCUGUUCCUGGAACGCAAGGAAACACCACCGAACAGCCAGUGGUGCCUCGAGAUGUACGUCUUCUACACUUGAUCUUUGCCACACAGAGCAUCCAAAACUACCAGGAACAUGUCCCACUCCAGCUCAUGGAUUUUGCCCACAGAUACACCGCGUCAGUGUUGAAGGAUGCACUCACCUAUGCUGACCACGCCAAAGGAGUUUCAGGAGGACCUGGUUCGGGAAAUACGGUCAACACAGAUGAUAUAAGAUUGGCCAUUGCUGCGCGGACCAAUUAUCAGUUCAAGCCCACGCCGCCCAAGGAGCUUUUAUUGGAGUUGGCGCAUGAGAGGAACUCUAAGAGUCUUCCGCCUGUAAUUCCCAAAUGGGGGCUCCAUUUGCCGCCCGAGAAGUAUUGUCUUACCGCAAGAGAUUGGGACAGUUUUGAGCAAGAGGAGGAGGAUUUGAUGAAGAAACGUAGGAAGUAG